AGAGCAAAUGAUGUCUGCUGGUGUGAGUGUGGGUGUAUCGUCUACAUUUGGUACACCCAUUGGGGGUGUGAUGUUUAGCAUCGAGGUGACUUCCGUAUACUAUCUCAUCUCUACCUAUGGCAAGUGCGUGGUGGCCGCUGUGGCUGGUAAGUCGUAUUUGGUGGAUUAG